ACACAACAGAAACCAUCAAUAAUAAGCUACGUGAUUCGUAGUCUGUUACAUUUCCCCAGAACUGGUAUUUUUUUCAGCGGUGCGUAACCUAUCACAUAAUCGGACAGUUCUAGUUACUUAGCCUAUAAGCCUGUCAGCCAUAUAAUUAUCAAAACGGACAGCCUUUAUAUUCCUUGUUACUGUCUAUGUGUGGUUGUCUGAUACAUAACUUACUGGUUUAAUGUCCCAUGUUUAAGUUGGACACGCACACACAUACAGCACGUCAUCGUUCAUUGACGACCCACCGUCUGCUCAUUUCCGAAAGCUUUCGGAGAUUCACCGAGCAUCGACCCGGCCCCUCCCGCCCCCUCUUCCGCGCUACAGCGACUCUCCCCUCGGCUUUACUCCGAGGAGGAACCCGGUGUCCCCUGCUGAUUAUUUCCAAUUACGUUACCCCCAAGAUGGAGGUCUGCCGAUGGCACUGUUAGCGUCUACGAGUCUUCCUAACUGUUUGUGUGGCUUAAAUGACGCUUUUUUCAGAGCAGAGGUGAUUUGGUGCCAUCACGAUUUUUUUGGAGGAUUUACUCGGGAGAUAUUGAGCUCCGGGUUCGUGUUGUGGCAGCCAUGAGCUCUGGGGAAGGAGCCGAGGAAACGACGAAGGACGUCAGCGACAUAGCGCUGUUCUCCAAAACCGAUGGAUCCCUCCCUAAAGAACCAAAAGGAGAUCUAUCGAGUCAGAUAGCAGGUUUCAGGAGAGAUGAGGAGAUGAGAGCGAUGGAGGUGCUUCCCAUCCUCAAAGAAAAAGUUGCCUUUUUAUCGGGUGGCAGAGACAGACGUGGCGGUCCAGUGUUAACCUUUCCAUCACGCAGCAACCACGACAGAAUACGAACCGAAGAUCUGAGGAGAUUGAUUGCCUACCUCGCCGGCAUUCCCAGCGAGGAGGUGUGUAAACAUGGCUUCACGGUCAUCGUUGAUAUGCGUGGCUCUAAGUGGGACAGCAUCAAGCCACUUCUGAAGAUCCUGCAGGAGUCGUUCCCGUCCUGUAUCCACGUCGCCCUCAUCAUCAAACCAGACAACUUCUGGCAGAAGCAGAGGACCAACUUUGGCAGCUCCAAGUUCGAAUUUGAGACCACUAUGGUGUCACUGGAGGGCCUGACAAAAGUUGUGGACCCCUCCCAACUGACAGCAGACUUUGAUGGCAGCCUGGACUACAACCACGAAGAGUGGAUAGAGGUGCGUGUGGCGUUUGAGGAAUUUUCUGGGCAUGCCAACCAGAUGCUGGCCAGACUAGAGGAGAUGCAGGAAACUGUGUCACGGAAAGACUUUCCCCAAGACCUGGAAGGAGCCAGGAGGAUGAUAGAAGAACAUGCCACGCUGAAGAAGAAAGUGAUAAAAGCUCCUAUAGAGGAGCUGGACACUGAGGGACAAAGAUUGCUCCAGCGCAUCCAAAGCAGCGAUUCUUUCUCUAACCGGAACGGCAGCAGUGGCGGCAGCGGUGGGAGCAGCGGUGGGAGCAGCGGUAGCAGCAGCGGAGGGGUGUGUAGCACUGACACCCAGGGCCUGGUCCCACGCAUCACCCAGUUGCUUGACAAGCUGCACUCCACCCGACAGCACCUCCACCAGUCCUGGCAUGUCCGCAAGCUCCAGCUAGACCAGUGCUUCCAGCUGCGCCUGUUCGAACAGGAUGCAGAGAAGAUGUUUGAUUGGAUCAUGCACAACAAGGGUUUGUUCCUAGCAGGCUACACAGAGAUCGGCAACAACCACCCCCACGCCAUGGAGCUGCAAACCCAGCACAACCACUUCGCUAUGAAUUGCAUGAAUGUGUAUGUGAAUAUCAACCGCAUCAUGUCAGUUGGGAACCGGCUGCUGGAGUCAGGUCACUACGCCUCCCAGCAGAUCAAGCAGAUCUCAGGCCAGUUGGAGCAGGAGUGGAAGGCCUUCGCCGCAGCACUGGAUGAACGUAGCACGCUGCUGGAGAUGUCAGCCAGCUUUCACCAGAAAUGUGACCAGUACAUGAGUAACGUGGAAUCGUGGUGUAAGGCAUGUGGUGAAGUGGAUUUGCCCUCUGAGCUGCAAGACCUUGAAGAUGCUAUCCACCAUCACCAAGGCCUGUACGAACACAUCACAGCUGCCUACUCUGAGGUAAGCCAAGAUGGCAAAGCCUUGUUGGACAAGCUGCAGCGCCCUUUGACCCCGGGCAGCACCGAUUCACUCACAGCAUCAGCAAACUACUCCAAGGCAGUGCAUCAUGUUCUGGACAUUAUCCACGAGGUGCUACAUCAUCAGAGACAGCUGGAAAACAUCUGGCAGCACCGCAAAGUGCGUCUGCACCAGCGUCUGCAGCUGUGCGUCUUUCAACAGGAUGUCCAACAGGUGCUGGACUGGAUAGAGAACCAUGGCGAGGCCUUCCUCAGCAAACACACAGGUGUGGGGAAGUCCCUCCACCGAGCCCGAGCUCUGCAGAAACGGCAUGAAGACUUUGAGGAAGUGGCACAGAAUACCUACACCAAUGCAGACAAGCUGCUGGAGGCAGCCGAACAGCUGGCCCAGACGGGAGAGUGCGAUCCAGAGGAGAUCUACCAGGCUGCCCACCAGCUCGAAGACAGAAUCCAAGACUUUGUUCGCCGUGUGGAGCAGCGCAAAGUCCUGCUGGACAUGUCUGUCGCCUUCCACACACACGUCAAAGAGCUCUGGACCUGGCUCGAAGAGCUACAGAAGGAGCUGCUGGAUGACGUUUACGCCGAGUCAGUGGAGGCUGUGCAGGAUCUGAUCAAGCGCUUUGGCCAGCAGCAGCAAACCACACUACAGGUCACCGUCAACGUCAUCAAGGAGGGAGAGGACCUCAUUCAGCAGCUCAGGGACUCGGCCAUCUCCAGCAACAAGACACCCCACAAUAGCUCCAUCAACCACAUCGAGAGUGUCCUGCAGCAGCUGGAUGAGGCUCAGGCCCAGAUGGAGGAGCUCUUCCAAGAGAGGAAGAUCAAACUGGAUCUCUUCCUGCAGCUCCGCAUCUUCGAGAGGGAUGCUAUUGAUAUAAUCUCUGACCUGGAGUCCUGGAGCGAGGAGCUUACAGGCCAAAUUAAUGAUUUUGACACAGAGGAUCUGACGCUGGCUGAGCAGAGGCUGCAGCACCACGCUGACAAGGCCCUGACCAUGAACAACCUCACCUUUGAUGUCAUCCACCAGGGACAGGAGCUGCUGCAGUACGUCAACGAAGUCCAGGCCUCUGGUGUGGAGCUGCUGUGUGACCGGGAUGUUGACAUGGCCACAAGAGUUCAGGACCUCCUGGAGUUCCUCCAUGAAAAGCAGCAAGAGCUGGACUUGGCAGCUGAGCAGCAUCGCAGGCACUUGGAACAGUGUGUCCAGCUGAGACACCUGCAGGCUGAAGUCAAACAGGUUCUGGGUUGGAUUCGUAAUGGCGAGUCAAUGCUUAAUGCAGGUCUAAUCACAGCUAGCUCCCUGCAGGAAGCUGAACAACUGCAGAGAGAACAUGAACAGUUUCAACAUGCCAUUGAGAAGACCCAUCAGAGUGCCCUCCAAGUUCAGCAGAAGGCAGAGGCUCUGCUCCAGGCCAACCAUUAUGACAUGGAUCUGAUCAGAGACUGUGCAGAGAAUGUGGCCUCCCACUGGCAGCAGCUCAUGCUGAAAAUGGAAGACAGGCUCAAGUUGGUCAACGCCUCCGUGGCCUUCUAUAAGACCUCUGAACAGGUGUGCAGUGUGCUGGAGAGCCUGGAGCAGGAAUACAAGAGAGAGGAGGACUGGUGCGGAGGAGCUGACAAACUGGGACCCAAUUGUGAAACGGACCAUGUCACACCCAUGAUCAGUAAGCACCUGGAGCAAAAGGAGGCUUUCCUCAAGGCAUGCACUCUGGCCAGAAGAAAUGCAGACGUCUUCCUCAAGUACAUGCACAGGAACAGCGUUAACAUGCCAGGGAUGCUGAGCCAUGUCAAAGCACCAGAACAGCAGGUUAAAAACAUCCUCAAUGAGCUGCUCCAGAGAGAGAAUCGUGUUCUCCAUUUCUGGACCAUGAGGAAACGACGGCUAGACCAGUGUCAGCAGUAUGUGGUGUUUGAACGCAGUGCCAAACAGGCUCUGGAGUGGAUUCAUGACACAGGGGAGUUUUACCUGUCCACACACACCUCCACCGGGUCAAGUAUCCACCACACACAGGAACUCAUGAAGGAGCAUGAGGACUUCCACAUCACAGCCAAGCAAACCAAGGAGCGUGUGAAGCUGCUGAUCCAGCUGGCUGAUGGCUUCUGUGAGAAAGGCCACAGUCACGCUGGGGAGAUCAAAAAAUGGGUGACAGCUGUGGACAAACGCUAUCGAGACUUUUCCCUGCGCAUGGACAAGUACCGCUGCAGCCUGGAGAAAGCCUUGGGCAUCUCCUCAGACUCUAACAAGGCAAGUAAAGAUCUCCAGUUGGACAUCAUCCCAGCCACAGCUCCAGGGUCUGAGGUCAAGCUCAGGGAUGCCGCCCAUGAGCUAAAUGAGGAGAAGCGCAAGUCUGCACGCAGAAAGGAGUUCAUCAUGGCAGAGCUGAUUCAGACAGAAAAAACCUACGUGCGAGACUUGCGGGAGUGCAUGGAUACCUACCUGUGGGAGAUGACUAGUGGAGUGGAGGAGAUUCCUCCAGGCAUCAUAAACAAGGAGCACAUCAUCUUUGGAAACAUGCAGGACCUCUAUGAAUUCCACCAUAACAUCUUUCUCAAAGAGUUGGAGAAAUAUGAGCAGCUACCAGAAGAUGUUGGGCAUUGCUUUGUCACAUGGGCUGAUAAGUUCCAGAUGUACGUGAACUACUGUAAGAACAAACCAGACUCCACCCAGCUCAUCUUAGAACAUGCUGGUAACUACUUUGAUGAAAUUCAACAAAGACACCGACUGGCCAACUCCAUUUCUUCCUAUCUGAUCAAACCUGUGCAGAGGAUCACUAAGUAUCAGCUUCUCCUGAAGGAGCUGCUCACUUGCUGUGAAGAAGGUAAAGGUGAGAUCAAGGACGGCCUGGAAGUGAUGCUCAGUGUUCCUAAGAAAGCCAACGAUGCUAUGCACCUCUCUAUGCUGGAAGGUUUUGAUGAAAACAUUGAGUCCCAGGGUGAGCUUAUUCUUCAGGAGUCGUUCCAGGUCUGGGAUCCAAAGACUCUGAUCCGUAAGGGUCGGGAGCGCCAUCUGUUCCUCUUUGAGAUGUCUCUUGUCUUCAGUAAGGAGGUCAAGGACUCAAAUGGCAGGAGCAAAUACAUCUACAAGAGCAAACUUUUUACGUCAGAGUUGGGGGUGACGGAGCAUGUUGAAGGAGACCCCUGUAAGUUUGCUCUAUGGGUUGGGCGCACUCCGACUUCUGACAACAAGAUUGUGCUCAAGCUAAGUCAGGGAUCCAAACAUGGAGCAAUGGCAUCAAGCAUUGAGAACAAACAAGACUGGAUCAAGCACAUCAGGGAGGUGAUCCAGGAGCGCACCAUUCACCUGAGAGGCGCACUCAAAGAGCCCAUUCAUAUUCCGAAAGCAACUACAGCAAAGCACCACAAGGGACGAAGGGAUGGAGAGGACUUGGACAGUCAGGGUGAAGGCAGCAGCCAACCAGACACCAUCUCACUUGCAUCCCGCACUUCACAGAACACACUGGACAGCGAUAAGCUCUCUGGUGGCUGUGAGCUGACUGUGGUGAUACACGACUUCAUGGCCAGCAAUAGCAACGAGCUGACGGUGCGACGUGGCCAGACAGUGGAGGUUCUGGAGCGUUGUCAUGACAAGUCAGACUGGUGCCUGGUCAGGACCACAGACCGCUCCCCUGCCCAGGAGGGCCUGGUGCCCUGCUCCAUGCUCUGCAUUGCUCAUUCUAGAUCCUCCAUGGAGAUGGAGGGCAUCUUCAACCACAAGGGUACAGGAUGUGGUGUGAAUGACACUCUGUCGGUGUGCAGCAAUGACUCCAUCAUACCAGGGUCGUCUGCUACGCUCCAGCCGGGUCACGGCAUUGGCUCCCACACAUCACCUGGCCCUAAGCGUCCAGGUAACACUCUGAGGAAGUGGCUGACCAGCCCAGUGCGUCGGCUAAGUAGUGGCAAAGCAGAUGGCCAUGUGAAGAAACUGGCCCACAAGCACAAGAAGAGCCGCGAGGUGAGGAAGAGUGGAGAAGUGAUGGUUGGCUCCCAGAAAGACUCAGACGACAGCGCCGCUACACCUCAGGAAGAGACCAUAGAGGAGAGGGUUCGUAACGAGGGCUUGUCAAGUGGCACUUUGUCCAAGUCCAGUUCUUCAGGCAUGCAGAGCUGUGGGGAGGAGGAGGGCGAGGAGGGUGCUGACUCAGUACCUCUGCCUCCACCUAUGGCCAUCCAGCAGCACAGUCUGCUGCAGCCAGAAUCACAGGAUGACAAGACUUCUUCUCGUCUGUCGGUUCGUCCAUCCAGUUCAGAGACGCCCAGUGCCGCUGAGCUGGUGAGCGCCAUCGAGGAGCUGGUCAAAAGCAAGAUGGCUCUGGAGGACAGACCCAGCUCUCUGUCAGUAGAACAGGGAGACAGCAGCUCUCCCUCCUUCAACCCUUCUGACAACUCCCUCCUCUCCUCCUCCUCCCCCAUGGAAGAGAUGGAUGAACGCAGAGUCAGCAUCCUCAAGAAAAGACAUUAUGUUUUGCUGGAGUUGGUGGAGACGGAGAGAGAUUAUGUGAGGGACCUCAGCCUGGUAGUGGAGGGCUACAUAAGCCGCAUAAAGGAGGAGGGUAUCCCUGAUGAUAUGAAGGGAAAAGACAAAAUUGUGUUUGGCAAUAUCCAUCAAAUCUAUGACUGGCACAAAGAUUUCUUCCUCAGUGAGUUGGAGAAAUGCUUGGAGGACCCUGACAGACUGGGACCCCUCUUUCUCAAACAGGAACGGAGACUAAACAUGUAUGUGGUGUACUGUCAAAACAAGCCCAAGUCAGAGCACAUUGUCUCAGAGUACAUCGACACCUUCUUCGAGGAUCUGAAGCAGCAGCUGGGACACAGGCUACAGAUAACAGAUCUGCUCAUUAAGCCAGUUCAGAGGAUCAUGAAAUACCAGCUCCUGCUCAAGGAUUUCCUGAAACACUCUAAAAGGGCUGGCCUGGAGUCAGCGGAACUGGAGAAAGCAGUGGAGGUCAUGUGCAUUGUGCCGAAAAGGUGUAACGACAUGAUGAAUGUUGGCCGGCUUCAGGGAUUUGAUGGAAAAAUCGUGGCCCAGGGCCGCCUUUUACUACAGGAUACGUUCAUGGUGUCUGACCCCGAAGGUAGUCUGCUCGGUCGGAUGAAGGAGAGGAGAGUCUUCCUCUUUGAGCAGCUGGUCAUCUUUAGUGAGCCCCUAGACAAGAAGAAAGGGUUUUCCUUGCCUGGCUUUCUCUACAAGAACAGCAUCAAGGUCAGCUGUCUGGGCCUGGAGGACAAUGUGGAAGGUGAUCCCUGCAAGUUCAUUCUCACUUCUCGGUCGACCAAUGGCACCGUGGAGUCCUUUGUGCUGCACUCCUCCCACCCAGGGGUGCGAGAGGUCUGGACUCUUCAGAUCAGCCAGAUACUUGAGAGCCAACGCAACUUCCUCAAUGCUCUGACCUCACCAAUAGAGUUUCAGAGGAACCACUUAGGGGCAAGCAGCGGGUCAUGUGUGCCCAGCCUAGGAGCUCCAGGUGGAGGUAGCAGUGGGUCCAGUGCACCUCUUACAGUUGGAGGUGGAAGCUCCCAAAGCAGCUCCUUCCCUUCAGGACCCCAGGGUGGCUCUCGUCGUCCCUCCAGGAUCCCCCAGCCCUCCCGCCUGCCCCAACCCCUACGGCACCACACUGGAAAUGACCCUGAUGGCCCCAACAGAAUGUCAGGUGUGUCCCCUCGUUCUGUCCCUUCUCCCCUGCUCCCUCCAGGGGGUAGCCCAAAGGGCAAGCGCCCCCGCCAGAUCCAGGUGGACCAAGUAGAGAACCCCACUCUUGCCAGUGCUGUAGCCCCUAUCCCCCAUGCCAUGGUUGGGCCUCUGCCCUCCACACCUACUUCCAAGCCACAGCCAGAAGCCAUGACCCCUAUGACCACUUCUGCUUCUGGCAAAGAUGUCCUUCCCCCACCCCCCCCUAGUCCCAGCCAGAAGUCUGGAUCUGGAUUCUGGAGUUCCAUGCCAGGCUCCCCAGCCAGCCGGCCUGGAUCGUUCACCUUCCCUGGGGACGCAGGAGACAGUCCAGUCCGUCAGAACUCAAACCAGAUCCAGACUGGUUCUGGAUCUGGGAGCCAAACCCACAGACACUCCACACACAGCAAGGAGGCAGACCGCAUGAGUACAUGCUCAUCAGCCAGUGAGCAGUCCAUCCAGUCCACCCAGAGUAAUGGGAGUGAAAGUAGCAGCAGCAGUAGCGUAUCCACCAUGUUGGUGACCCAGGACUACAUCGCUGUGAAGGAGGAUGAGAUCAGCGUCAUUCAGGGCGAAGUGGUCCAAAUCUUGGCCAGCAACCAGCAAAACAUGUUCUUGGUGUUCAGGGCAGCUACCGAGCAAGGCCCUGCUGCCGAAGGCUGGAUCCCCGGAUUUGUGCUGGGACACACCUCGGCCAUCGUCCCUGAUUGUCCCGAGGGAUCCAUCAAUAAGAAGUCUUCAUCCUGGCACACGUCCCUGCGGAUCCGAAAGAAGUCUGAGAAGAAGGAGAAGGAGGUGAAGAAAGAGACCAAGCUGGAAAACGGUUACAGGAAGUCCAGAGAAGGCCUGGCCAACAAGGUUUCUGUAAAGCUUUUAAAUCCAAACUACAUCUAUGAUGUUCCCCCAGAGUUUGUAGUACCACUGAGUGAUGUGACAUGUGACAAUGGAGAGAGCAUCACCCUCAGGUGUAAGGUCUGCAGUCGACCCCGGGCCACUGUCACCUGGAAAGGACCCAACCAGAGCAACCUCACCAACAACGGACACUUCAGCAUCGCCUACAGUGAUACAGGUGAAGCUACGCUGCGGAUAGUUGGCGUAGCCUCUGAGGAUGAUGGUGUGUACACUUGUGUCGCCACAAAUGAGCUUGGCAGUGUGAUGUCAUCAGCUACCCUCAGAGUGUUAGCUGUGUCCACUGAUGGGAUCAGAGUGAGCUGGAAAGACAACUUUGAGUCUUACUACACUGAGGUGGUUGAACUGGGAAGGGGUCGUUUCUCUGUCGUCAAGCGCUGUGACCACCGGGGCACAAAGCGUACGGUGGCAGUCAAACAAGUGAACAAAAAGUUGAUGAGGAGGGACAGUGUGACUCAGGAACUCAGUCUCCUCCAGAGGUUCCAGCACCCCCACAUAGUCGCUCUGAUAGACACGUACGAAACCCCCAGCAGCUACGUCCUGGUCCUAGAGAUGGCCGACCAAGGCCGUCUGCUGGACUACAUUGUUAGCUGGGGGAAUCUGACAGAGGAGAAAGUGGCCUGCUACCUACGGGACGUUUUAGAAGCUUUACACUACCUGCACAACUGCAGGAUAGCACAUUUGGACAUCAAACCUGAGAACCUGCUGGUGGCCCACACCCCCAGCGGCCAGCCAGUGGUCAAACUCACAGACUUUGGUGAUGCUGUCCAGCUCAACAGUGCCCACUAUAUUCACCCUCUACUGGGCAGCCCUGAGUUUGCCCCCCCAGAGCUGGUCCUUGGAGAGCCGGUGUCACUGACCUCUGAUCUGUGGAGCCUGGGCGUGGUGACCUAUGUGCUGCUGAGCGGUGCCUCACCCUUCCUGGACGAGAGCACCGAGGAGACCUGCUUAAACAUCUGCCGACUGGAUUUCAGCUUUCCCGGGGAUUAUUUCCAGGGCGUCAGCCAGGCAGCCCGGGAUUUUGUCUGCAUGCUUCUGAGGACUGAUCCUGGCAGGAGACCUCCAGCUGGGCUCUGCCUUCAGGAGCAGUGGCUGCAGGCUGGCCUGGCUGAGGGCUGGGCCAAAGCAGAAGGCUUUUUGGACACCUCUCGCCUCAUCUCCUUCAUAGAUAGGAGGAAACAUCAGACUGAUGCGCGGCCAAUCGGAGGAGUCAGGAAUUUCAUCCAAAGUCGCCUUCAGCAUCGAAUUUGAAGCCUGAGAAGACAUUCAUCACUCCAUACCAAGCUUGUGUCCAUUCUGCCUCAUCAGACUAGGCAAAAGCAGAAGGAAACUGGACACACUUCAACUUGUUGUCCUGUGUUGAAAUUGCAGGAGCUGCAGGGUCCUCUUGAAUCUUGAUGGUCUAGAUCAUUAAAAAAAGAGAAAAUGAAUGCUGAUCUUAUCCUCUUUCACAGAUUGUUAAUAAAGUCCUGUAGUCCCUUCAAUUGAAUUGAGACCUGCUGAGGUCUUAAGCCAAUCAAUGGCCAGGAGCUCUCAUCAGUCACAUAACAUAAUGGAUGCCCUCUGUCUACUGCUGCUGCUUGCUGGUUUAAAAUCUCAAAAGAUUUUGUAGGUAAGUGAUCAAAAAUCUAAUUUUAAAAAUAAGUAAUUUAUUUUCCAAGAGUUGAAGCUGAUCAGAAGAACAGCUGCUUGAGCCUUGACGCCGCUGCACAGAUGCAGCACUUUCAGGAGACCGUCAUGCCAACAGAGCUAGUGAUAGCAGUGAGAGCAAACUGCCCUGCCUCUUGUUGCCAGAGAGGGACAAAGACAUUGUGGGUUUUGCUCUUUUACACAGACUGUAACUCAGACUUCUGAGAAGCAACCCUUUCUUAUAGAAACAAUAUAUAGAAAGGAGAAGUACUGUCUCUACAUUUCUAAGAAACAAAAUGUAGAAAAUGCUCACCGUUUGAAAAUUGCUCUGCUACUUUGGACUUUGUAGACAGUGAAUGAACUUCUUGACUUCACUGAGACAUUUACAGAUGGAAACAGAGCUUUUUAUGGCAGUGCUUAAACUAAGAUACCACGAUGACCAUGUUGCAAAUAACAAUGCUGCACUGUCCAAUCUGAGAAGAAACCAUUGUCUGCUUUUCCUAGAACAAACUUGUGUUGCACAGAGAUGUUCAGGCCUUACCAUGUAUAUAGACCUCUGCCUUCGUUCCCCUUACACUCACAGUGGACUCCUGCUUGUGGACAGCAGGACGACAGACUGGCAGAGCCUCAGUGGUAGCAGUGACUGCCAAUCAGAUGCCAGUGAAUGUGGUGGCAAAGGAAAACAAAAUUACUGUAAAUGCACUCAUUGUAUGUUAUGUUUGAUUAUCAUGUGCAAUGUUGCGGCUUUAACAUUUUAUGCAACUAUUUAUGAAGACAAUGGUUGUAUCUGUAAUAAAUGUAGAGAAAAGCAUGUACUUGGUACUGCAAGCACUGCCGGUAGUUUGUGAUUAUUUGAUCUUUGAGUGUUACAACUUCCAGGCCAGGCUGUGCUCGAGGUCACAGUCUACAAUCAUUCUUUUGAUCAAAACUAAGUUAACACUUUUUUGUACUGUAUGCCUCUGUAGUAUUGGUACACCAAAGUUGCGGUAGCUUUAUAGUACUUAAUAAAAGCGUUUCAUUGUGAUUGUGUUUCACUUGAGAUAGGGUAAUCUGUGAAGUGACUGUUUACACUAGUUGGAGGAACAAUGUCAUUCAGGCUCCUGUGCUCUUUAAUAAAAGGCAGGGAUCAAAGAAAGGCAUUAAGUCAUGUAAUUUACAGAAUACUGAGCAUCAUUUACUAAAUGAUGAUCUGACUGUAUGUACAGAUACUUUUUAGCCAAAAUCUUAUUUCUAUAACUUAGUGUUCCAUAUUUACAGUGCUGAACAUUCAAAAGGAUUCUACCCAGAACAGAAGUCACGGACCUCUGGUACCUUUUAUUUAUUUCAAAGGUGUGCACAGGCCAUUUAAAAACCAGAAACAUGGACUGGAUACCUCAGUUUACUUUUUUUUUCUUUUCGUUAUUGUUAUCAGUUUUUUUUGUUUCAUAAAUGCCAUUUCUUUUUGUUUUUUUUAUCUUUGCAUGUAUAUUUCUUUGUACAGAUCAUACAUAUUUUCUCUUGUAAAUAUUCUCAUUUUGCCAUCAGUUGUUAAAAUUAAAACUA